UCAUUCAUAAAUCAAAAUCUUUACCCUAUACUCGAUUGAUCAUAUUUCUUAGUCUCGUUCAAUUUAAUAAAUUAAUUAGAGUAAAAUGGGGUCAAAAACAGUAAUGGUGGUGGGGAUCCUACUAUUGAUGUCACUUACAGUUAUGCAUUCAUCAGCUCAACAACCUGCUCCUUGUUGGGCGGGCAUUGCACCUUGCUUAGAAACUGCUAAAACUCUAAAUUAUGCACAGGCCGCGGUAGCACAGUGCUGUCCAGCUAUAUCAAACGCUAGGGUUGCAGAGACGGCAUGCUUCUGUUCCGCCAAGGCUGAUAUACUUUCACAGCAUGCUCAAGUGUUUUUCAAUCAAAUUUUGACAUUGUGCAACAUUCCUGGCACUUUGGAAACAAUAUGCCCUACCCCUGCUCAACAACCAGCUCCUUGUUGGGCGAAAAUUACACCUUGCUUGGAAACUGCUAAAACUCUAAACUUUGCAACGGCCGCCGUACAACAGUGUUGUCCAGCAAUAUCAACCGCUAUGAUCAACGAGACGGCGUGCUUCUGUUCCGCCAAGGCGGAUAUAGUUUCACAGCAAGCUAUACUUCCUUUUAAUGGGAUUUUGACAACGUGCUUGAUUAAUGGUACUUUAGACGACUUAUGCCCUGAUACUCCUCCGUCAAAUCCGAGCACAACUCCACCAACCCCCAACGCAACUCCAUCAACCCCAGGUGCUAUUCCAUAAACCGCCAGUGGAACAUCAUCUACGCCAACUGCAACUUGAUUGUGUAUCGUUGUGGCGGAGAUGAUAGAUGUUCUUCUUCAUUCAUUGAAAUUUUCCUUUGAAUUUGUUUGCUUUUGACCUUUUGUAAUAAUGGAUGCUAAGUGAAGCCACGUUUUGCUUUUUGUUUUUUUUUUUUUUUAUGUUAUAAUAACAUUGUGUUGUAUGCUCGUGUUUGUACUGUCGAUAUAAAUAAGUCAACGGAAAAUUUGGCCUCUCACUUUAUA